UCUUAAAAGAAAUAAGAGAGAAGGAAGUUUGUAAAUAGGAAACCCUCACGCAUUCUCACACGUUUCCAGCACCACGCCAUUAUGGCCACCUAAUUUUCCUUGCCCAUACCAACCGUCGGACGGUUAAGAUUGCCCCAUCAAUUUCCACAUCUAGGGUGGGUCCCACAAUCCAGAUACUGGACUAAACAAAGCAAUAAUUUCUGAGAGAGAUGUUGAAAUAUUCUAGAGACUAGAGAGAGCCUGUUAUGAUGGGAAGGAAGAAAAAGAGUUACAUUUUAAAUGGGAAGUGUCACAUGACAGUGAGGAGUGUCCGUACUGUUCCCAUCCUAUUUCUAUGUCAAGAGGCAAACGUAUUUUCCAAUAAAACGGACUCAACCUCACAUUUCUAAGCAAAAAGUAGCAGUGCCCACAACUCCAUAUAUGCUCCAUCUCCGCCUCUCAAGCUAGAAUCCUCCCCCAAUGCCUGCCCACUAAAAUGCGCACCAUGGCCAGCGCCACCUCAACCAAAGGCGUCGUAGCCGUCGUCGGUGUCGGGCCCAAGCUCGGCCGCUCAAUCGCCCGCAAAUUCGCCCACGAGGGCUACACCGUCGCCAUCCUAGCUCGUGACUUAGGCAAGCCCAACUCCAUCUUUUCCUUUUCAUUUUCUUGAAUUUGUUAUUGCAUGCUUACACACGUAGUUUUUCUACCCAUAGGCCGAUUAUCGCGAUUUGCCGAUGAGAUCGCCAGGGAAGAGAAAGCCCAAGUGUUCGCAAUCCGCAUCGACUGCUCAGAUACACGAAGCGUGCGUGAGGCGUUCGAAGGCAUCCACUCAUUGGGGUUCGUUGAGGUGCUGGUUUACAAUGCUUGCCAACCAAUCUCAUGGCAUGCUCCUAAAUUCACCGAUAUCUGCUUAGAAUCCUUCGAGAAAUCGGUCACGGUAUCCACCGUCGGUGCAUUCCAUUGCGCACAACAAGUUAUACCUGGUAUGAUAGAGCGAGGAAAGGGGACAAUCAUCUUCACAGGCUCUUCAGCUUCUCUCAACGGAAUCUCUGGUUACUGUGAACUAAGCUGUGGGAAAUUUGCUCUCCGAGCAUUGUCACAGUGCUUGGCAAAGGAGUUUCAAACGACGGGCAUUCAUGUAGCGCAUGUGAUUGUCGAUGGAGUCAUUGGGCCACCUAGAUCGGUGCAGAGAUCUGAUGGGGAAUCGAGUGCCGAUGUCUCGAUGGACCCUGAUGCGAUCGCGCAGACGUACUGGCAUAUACAUAAUCAAGAUAAGAGCGCAUGGACGCAGGAGAUCGAUCUUCGAUCAUCCAAUCAGAGAUUCUAGCUAGCUUGCUUGUUUGUAUGAUCUUUGUUGUUUUUUGUUAGUUUUUAUAUGUAUAAAGGGUGUAAUUGCUUUUUUUUUUUUUCUU